AUGGUUGCUGGCAAUGUCAAAUACGUGCGAGGCAAUUGCCUUGCAGCAUCUAUUUCUCACCAACGCAUUUUGAUACAUUCUUGUAAUUGUAAUGGCUCAUGGGGUGGAGGAAUUGCAUAUCAAUUGGGCGUUAAGUACCCUCAAGCUGAAAGCGAUUACAUUGAAAUUUGUGAGAGGUAUGGCUCAAGACUUUUGGGCAAGUUUGUAUUACUUCCUAGCUACACAGAUUCUACAUUGCUAAUUGGCUGUCUCUUCACUGCGUCGUUUGGAGGACCUAAUCAAGGUUCCAGCGAGAGCAUCCUAAAUUACACCAGACGUGCCUUAGAGGACAUGAGAGUUAAGCUGGCAACAGAAGAAAAGCCCAGUGAUGAAAUUGACGUAUUUUCUGGCGAGUAUAUCAAUAAAUUCAAAAAUAAAUUGCGAAGCGCAGUGUCUGAUUACUCACUUGAGAUGCCGCAGAUUAAUAGCGGGAUAUUUGGGGUUCCAUGGCCGAAGACAGAAACCUUGUUAAAGGACCAGAGUACUCUUUCUUUCUCCGUCUAUGUAAUUUGA